UGGACCAUGUUCUUUUUCUCUUUCUUCCCUUCCAUAGUUGGUCUUCUAUGGUGUUCUCGUUCGGUGCUUCAUGACCGACAAUGAAUAGGCUCCCAGAGACGAAUGCAGGUAUUGUAACUUCCUGGAUCCCUAUUCCGACAGCGCAUCCUCAUCAACCCGGCUGCGAGAACUCCCUUUGGAAAUUUGUACCUAGCAUCCUCGCUGCAUGGGACCCGGGCUAUGGACUAUCAGUUGGAGGUGUAACCACAUGCCACCCCAAGCCGGUGACGACCUGGUGGUUACAAGAGCGACUUGGUCCCAUUCGAGAGACGAUACUUAGUCUAGGACCGAUUACGUGUCCGAGCGAUUACUAUACUGCCACAGUGUCUGCUAAAGAUGCUUCGAGUACCUAUGUGGCAUGUUGCCCAUUAGAAUAUAACUUUGCAAAAUUCAAGGGCCCAGGAGAUACGGGCGAGUGUACGUCGGAGCUUAAAAAGGGAGCUGUGGUUACCUAUGCUCAGAGGAACCCCGAUUGGAAAAUUACCAGUUCCAGCGUCACAGCAGAUACAGCAGUAUCGGCGAUUCCUGUAAACGGCUGGAUAUUUGCCACCCCAACUGGAUCUGCAACAAAUAGUGCGAACAACUGCGACGCCUCCGUGGCAGAUGCAUUAGCGAACCAUGUAGUAACAGGGAAUUCCAGUUGCUCGGCGUCCGGUGGAAGUGGGAUUUCAGGGGGUGCCGCAGCUGGAAUUGGCAUCGGUGUAUCUUUAGGUGUUACCGGACUAGCAGCAUUAGGUGCCGGUCUAUUCAUGAUGUACAGAACGCGGAAAGCAGCCCGAAGGAAACCCUCGACAACCGAUAUCGCGCAAUUCGCGAACGGUGGUGGAAAGGGUAUAGAGGCCAACGCGCAUGCCAUACCGACGUACCCGUCCGACCAUCGAGAACCACCCAGCCUAUCCGGGGGAUAUCAAUACCCACCAUACGAAAGAGACGCUUGGGAUGCCUCGACGCCAUGCCCACCACCGCCACAAACAUCAAGUACACACACACAUGCCAGGACAGUGCCCCACGGGGAGAUGGAGGGCUCACCGUACCAACGUAUAAACGAAAGGACAAUAACAGAAAUAGGGGGAAUGCCAUAUCAAGAGAUAGACGGUAUAAUAGGAACAGGGUUCAUGGGACCACCCCACCACGAUUCAGAAGAGGACACGAGGAGGCGGAUGGAAUUAGAAGGGGAGUUUGAUCGGAACGUAAAAGUAUCCUUAUCAACACCAUGGCUAGCAGCAGCCAGGGCCGUACCGCCAUCGUCGUCUUCAUCAUCGCAUUAUCACCCUCCCCACUAAUGUAAUUGGAAAGCAGAUAGUAAUGUCGACAUACUAUCACAUACGCUAUGACCCUGGGGCUCUAUGGAGUCCGUUCGAAAUGCAUUAAUCGUUAUCUUAAGCGUUAUACCUGGAAUUCAAGUGUACACCGUAUUUUAGUUGAGAAUAUCAACCAUGUUUAUACCGCCAUAUAAAGGAGCAUACAGAGGGAAAGACAUACACGGAUAUGGGAGGCUACAUUGUUCAAAAAUUCAUUGUACAUACUUUGUACGUAGUUAUACAUUAGGUAGACUUCUUCUAAUGAGCCAUCAGGACGCAACCAAGUGUAGAUAUUCGUCUACCAAAGACACCAAAUUAGUACCGCUAGUAAAGAAUGG